AUGUCAGCCGCCGUCGCCCUCCCCAGCACCCAAACGGCCAUCAUUGCCGGCCCAACAGGCGACUUCCAGAUCUCCUCGGCUGUCUCCGUGCCCACCCUGCAGCCCGACGAAAUCAUGAUCAAGACCACGACCGUCGCCCUAAACCCCGUCGACACCAAGCUCGUAGGCGAUUUCGUGACCCCUGGCUGCGUCUUCGGCUUCGACUGCGCCGGCGUCGUUGUCGCUGUCGGGUCAGCCGUGACCAAGGAUCUGAAAAUUGGCGACCGCGUCUGCGGCUCCGCCAGUGGCAUGAACCGCGAGAAGCCCCUUGCUGGCGCCUUCGCGGAAUAUGUCAAGUUCCCGGGUGACAUGGCGCUCAAGGUUCCCGAUUUCAUGUCUGACGAGGAUGCGGCAGCUCUGGGGACGGCGGUGGCGUCGGCAUGCAUGACGCUAUUUUGGUCGUUGGGUAUGCCGUUGAGCGUCUUGGAUGGGGUGCAGCAGAAUCCGGCGCCCACAGUUUUGGUGUAUGGCGGGAGUACUUCGACGGGAACUAUGGUUAUUCAAUUGCUGCACUUGUGUGGAUUCCAUAUCAUCACCACUUGCUCCCCGCGAAACUUCGAGCUAGUCAAGUCGUAUGGUGCCGAUGAAGUUUUCGACUACAAGACGCCCACUUGUGCGGCUGAUAUUCGAAGUCACACGCGCAAUGCCCUGGGUUAUGCCAUUGACUGCUUCGCCGAGGACUCCUCGAUGAAAUUCUGCUACGCCGCCAUCGGCCGCGCCGGCGGGCGCUACACAGCCUUAAACCCCUUCAGCGACCGCCUCGCCACCCGCAAGGUCAUCAAGCCCGACUGGAUUCUGGCCACGCGCAUCGCCGGCGACGGGUCCGCGUGGCCCGCUCCUUACGGCUGUGACCCCGAGCCCCGGCUUAAGGAACUGGCGGGUCCAUUAUUUGCCAAGGUCCAGAAGCUGCUUGACCAGGGGAAGAUCCGGGCCCAUCCCAUCAAGGUUGAGGAGGGCGGGUUCGAGAGUGUGGUCGGUGGGGUGGGCGUUAUUCGUAGGGGGGAGGUUAGUGGGGUUAAGUUGGUUUAUCGAGUUUAG